AUGAUCUCGCGCAACGCGUCGGCGCUGCACUGCGAUCACGUGUCCAGAAACCUGCUUCUCGAAUCGUCGCUGGAGAAAGGCGUCGAGAGCCGCUUAAGGCUUGUCCGGGCGGAGGAAGUGAGCGAGCCGGUUAGCGGCUUCGCUGGUGCGGGGGAUCCUGAGAGGCAGCAAGCUCCAUUCGCCCGGAAACGGUCCCGCACUGCUGGCUCCAUCUGGGCGCGCAGGAUGAUGACGCUAGAUGGCGCCGUGCGACCGUUGCAUGCCCCUAUGCUGCGGGCGCCACCUGUGCGUGGCGUCGGGAGUAAGAGGACCAAUGCGCUACUGGCGACCCCUGUGGUGGCUCAUGACGAGGAUGCGAAUGAGGUGCUGCACAUUCAGGAGCUUGACGCUGGCGAAAUGGCUGAUGUUUUACACGCAUCUUCUCUGAAGGUUUUGAUACUCGAUUGUAGAUCAUUCCUUGACUUCAACAAUGGCCAUGUUUACAAUGCUGUGAAUGUAUGGUGUUCCAAACUGCUCAACCGACGGCUGCAGCAAAAUAAGGUGACAGCCCAGGAAGUGCUGAGGAAUACCUUCCAUUUGGAGGUUGGUGAAGCAGAACUGGUGGUCAUUUAUGACGAGGACUCUGCUGCAGUGUCUGCACUGGAAACCAACGGCUUCACUGAUGCAAUUUUUUAA